AUGCAAGUCAUGAGAAAUGAUCCUCCUCUAUUCUUCAAAUUUUACCGUAUGAUGCCAGACAAAUUCGAUCAACUUCAUGCUCUUGUUCGUGACGACUUGACGAAAGAGUUUCUCUGCCGUGAGCCACUAUCUUCUGAACAGAGGCUUGCCAUCACUCUUAGGUACCUUUCCUCUGGCAGCGCCAUCAAGGAUGUGGCCCUGGCAUUCAGGGUUGGUCCCCAGACUUGCCGGAAGGUCAUCCACGAGACCUGCAGAGCUCUUUGGAGUAGGUUGAGGGCAACAUACCUUCCGGUGCCAACAAAUGAACAGUGGUUGAACAUCGCGGAUGGCUUCAAAAGGAGGUGGAACUUCCCAAACUGCCUCGGGGCAGUAGAUGGGAAACACGUCCACAUAAAGGCACCGCCAAACUCGGGGAGCACCUAUUUCAACUACAAGAAAUCCUUUUCCAUUGUACUCAUGGCAGUGGUGGACGCAAAUUACAAGUUUGUAAUGGUUGACGUUGGUGCCCCAGGGAGACACAGCGAUGGGGGUGUCUUUAAGGCCUCAGAGUUUGGGAGACGGCUGGAGAACGAAACAUUGGAACUUCCAGGCCCAGCGAAGCUUCCGAAGAGCACAAAAGUGACACCGCACGUGUUUGUGGGCGAUGAAGCUUUUCAGCUUCGCCAUGACUUCAUGCGCCCGUUUCCUGGAGCCGACCUCGAGCCAGACCAUAAUGUCUUCAACUAUAGGCUGAGCCGAGCAAGACGCAUCGUGGAGAACGGCUUUGGAAUUUUGGCAGCCAGGUGGAGGGUCCUUCUCGGUCGACUGAACCUCCUUCCACAAAAUGCCGAGUUUGUCGUCCUGGCAUGUUGCGUUCUUCAUAACUUUUUGUGUGCAGGACGAGAACAAGCAUACAUGCCAGCAGAGUAUGUAGACACUGAGGAUAAACAGGGAAAUGUCACUCUGGGUAGGUGGAGAUCUGAAGUAGAUAAAAGCCACUUAAGUGACUUGCAGCGUACUUCUGCAAAAAACUUUAAGAAAACUGCUGGUGGGACGCGGAGCACCUUCGUAGAGUACUUUAUGAAGAAAGGCGCAGUUCGCUGGCAGUGGCACACACGGGUCUUCAGCCACCACCAAUGCAAUGAGGUCCAAGGCCAGUCUGGCUACUUACAAGGUGGUACAGGGUCUCUUAGCAUAAAACAAAUAAGCUUGAAUUUUUUAAUAAAAUUGAAUUUGUGUUAUUACCACAUUUUCCCGUCCAUACAUGUUUAA